CAAUGUUAAAAGCGGCUCAAGAAAGCUUGGAUUGCUUGGUUCAAAAACUUAAUGAACGAAAGGCUAAAAGCGAAAUUUUGAUGAAGAAAAUCAAUCAAAAACGCAGUAACUCGCUCAUGGUAGACAUGCAGGAUAGAGAAGCAGCUCAAAAUCAUGCUGAGAUCACAAAGCAAAUGAUGGAAAAGAUACAAGAGCAAACUGAAAUCGUAGAAAAGCAAACUAUCAUAUUGAAACGUUCACAUGGAUCCAAAGAAUCAUCCAAGUACUAUCGUUCUAAGAUCAACAAUUUGAAAGCAGAGAUUGCGGACAAACAAAAUGAACUGGAUUAUGUGUUGAAUGUAUACACCGGGUUAGGCAAAGCGUAAGGAACAAUAUUAUUUAUUCCAAACUUUAAAUUAACUACUUAAUUAUUUAUAAUGUAUAACAUAUAUGUUGCCGCCCCAACAAUGUAAAUAGGUACCAAUAUAUAUGAGGGGUGGAAAUCAAAAACGUACUAUUGCUGAUUUUUCAGGAGAAGCGAUUUUCUAUAUCCCCUUGGCCCUUUGUGACCCAAUGUCAAUUAACUAAAGUACUAUAAAUGUGAAGUAUGAGUUAAAGCGAUUUAAAAAAAAAUUUUUAAGUAGGUAUAAAUCCUAUUUUUUUGUUGUAUAAAAAUGUA